AGGAGCCGGGAGCAGCACACGCAGCCUCCGCUCGCAGGAGACAGACAGACUGAAGGGAGGAGGCGGAGGCGGCGGCGCUGUGAGGGUCUUCAGCUGCUCUGCGAAAGGCAGCCCUCCGCCCUGGGGCGGCUGAGAUGGAGGGGCUUUCGGAGGGAAGAAUAACUGAAAUUACUGGCUGAACAGGAUGAGUAUUAAUUAAAUAGAAUUCAAAGUUGCACUGUGGCUUCCUGAAACAAUUGUGCCUGCACAAGUGAAUGGUAAAGCUCAAAGUGAUCACCAGAAAAGGAGUGAAGAAUAUCUCUGUCUGACUUUAAGCAAAAUGAGCACACAAACAAGCGACAGUACCCUAUGAUGUCCUCCAAGCAGAGACUUAGACUAAAUGUUGAACUUCUUUUUAUGCAUGGAAUGGCUGCUAUCUUCUUCACAAAUACAAUGGCUAUAAUUCUUUGUCAGGACGGUUGAGGCACUUCACCUGCACUUGCCAUUUGAAUUUGUGACACAUCCUAUUUUCCCCAGGUCUUAACGGACCUGAGAACAAGUGGGAACUGAGAGAUGUUAAAUGCUGGAUUGGGAUAAAAAAAUGGACACUCACGUGUGAAGAUGGAAGUAACUUGAUCCCUCCAACUGCAUAAACUGCCUCUGGAAAGUAAAGGUUAAGAUUGGAGUCACAAGCUUUAGUGGAAGAGCAGUAUGCAGGAAGCUGGUUUUCAGGCCACAAAUGCUUUCACAGAGUGCAAAUUCACCUGCACCAGUGGCAAAUGCUUAUAUCGUGCCUCACUGCUCUGCAAUGAACAGAAUGAUUGUGGGGAUAAUAGCGAUGAAGAGAACUGCUUACUUGUAACUGAACAUCCACCUCCAAGCAUUUUCAGCUCGGAACUAGAGUUUAUUCAGAUUAUCAUCAUCAUAGUGGUGAUAACUGUUAUGAUAGUAGUGAUCAUCUGCUUGCUGAAUCAUUAUAAGGGGUCAACAAGGUCCUUCAUCAGUCGUCAGAGCCAAAGCAGAAGGCAAGAGGACUCUUUGCAACCAGAGGGGUGUCUGUGGCCUUCUGACAGCUCAUCUUCUCGACAAGGACCUUCAGAGAUAAUGUAUGCCCCACGUUCCAGGGACAGGUUUACCACUCCAUCUUUUCUGCAGCGAGAACAUUUCAGUCGUUUCCAGCCAACUUAUCCCUAUGUGCAGCACGAGAUUGAUCUGCCUCCUACAAUCUCUCUUUCUGAUGGUGAAGAGCCACCACCGUACCAAGGCCCCUGCACUCUGCAGCUUCGGGAUCCAGAACAACAGAUGGAACUUAACAGAGAAUCUGUGAGGGCACCACCAAACAGAACUAUAUUUGACAGCGACUUGAUAGAUGUUUCAGUAUACAAUGCGGGCCCUUGCCCACCCAGCAGCAAUUCGGGAAUAAGUGCAACCAAUUAUAGCAGUAAUGGAAGGAUGGAAGGACCACCCCCAACUUACAGUGAGGUCAUGGGGCAUUAUCCGGGUUCCUCUUUUUUCCAUCACCAGCAAAGCAACGCACCUUCUUCAUCACAGAGGGGGAGCAGACUUCAGUUUCAGCAGAACAAUUCAGAGAGCACAAUAGUCCCUAUUGAAAGCAAAGACAGGAAACCAGGAAACUUUGUCUAGUUUCUUUUUCCAUGUGCACUUGAAGAGAGAUGGGAGAAUCAAACAGGAGCAUAAGGGAAGCUUCUAUGCCCCUGUGCACAAUAUUGUUAAAAGUCUCAUGUGACACAAUUUAGUAAAACCAAACAUACAAAGCUGUUCUUUAUUUCUGAUUCCUUUAAGGGGAAUUGCAUGAAAAUUGUUUUGAAAUAAUUGCAACCUUCCAUUCAGUUUGGCCAUGAGCAGUGUUUUUUUAAAAAUAUAUUAUUUUUUUAAUAACGCAUUUGAAUUAUUUAAUUCUAAGAAGUAACUUAGGCACAGAAACAUGCCUCGAUUGGCCUGUUUUAUAGUAAGUUAAAGCCUAAAAGAGGAGAGUAAGAAAGAUUACUAGCUAAAUGGGGGCAAAAUUGGCCAGUUUGCUUUCCCCCCCUUCUCCCAGAAUAUAUGAUUUCUUUUUUCCUGUUUCCACAUUUAUGUUGUGUGCCAAGUUUUUUUUAGAAAAAAAACCCUAAAUGAAUACAAGGAGUUAAUUUGUGUUGUGAUACUAGUGUGUUAAAUUUGCACUAUCUUUCAUGUUUUAAAUAUCUACGAAGGAACUGUUUUACCUAUAAGGUGGUUCUAUAAGGUGUCUUUUCACCUUUUCAUUAUUAGCCCCAGGACUUUGCCCAGGCCUCUGUUGAUGAUCCCCAUUUUGGGGCAUACAGAUUUAAAUAGGUUUCUUAUCAUUCUACAUAACUGACAAUAAAUGAUAGAAGAUGUUUUAACAGGUUACUGUUUGCAAUAAUUUUGCAUUCAAAUAGGGUAUCAGCAAAUUGUCUUAGAAAUUUAUAGGUGGAAGAAAGCAAAUGUGAAAAUACAGAAGCACCUUCUUUAGGUGGUUUUUAGCUAUAAGCCAUUUGUUUCACUAGAACAGACUAAAUGCCACAUUUACUUUUUUUUUGUAACUACAGCUAUAACUUAACUGCUUGUCACCCUUUUUUUUUACACAAUUCAGUGUCAGUAGUACUUAAAGCUUUUGCAAAUUUUUAUCUUCAGUGUAGUCCAUAAUAUAUUCAGUCAUAUAGCCUUACUUACAUCAUACAAUAAAUGAUUUAAAAAGUACAACAUGGAUUCUGCUAUUAAAUUAUAAUUAUGUUGUUUAAUAUUAAUUUUUUGUGUUUUACUUUCUAAAGACAGUGAUCUGUUCUCAGUCUGCGUUUCUUAUCUGAUAAUGUGGGAAUAAUUGAUUGCAGAAUGCUACCAGGAACUGCUUCGGAGUAUUAAUCAGUUUUACAAUUGGUUAAUGUUGUUCUUCUGCAUCAAACUGAUUUUAAAUUAUUGUGCAAGCAAUCACAUAAUGUUUUAGAUCUUUUUUUCUUAAUUGAAAUUUCUUAUCCUCUUGAAUGCCACGUUAGGACUGCUCCAGUUUUUAGACUUGGACUCUAAAGUAUUCCAGCAAUUUUGAUCUGUUUUGGAAUCCUCAGUUAUUGGCUUUUAUGCUUGAUCAUGUGUUUUUAGUAAAUUGAAAGAGUUUUGAAGGAAAUGGUUUUCUAUUUGAAAGCACAGCUAAAGCACAACAGGCACUUCAAAUAUGGUGAGCAAAUGAACUUUAAAAGAAAACAAAAGAAAAUCUAUAGAGUUCUGAUAUUCUGGGCAAAAUUGCAAUUGCACACAAGUUUCCUUCAAAUUUCCCUUUUUAAUGAUUUUUAUAGACAACAUUUUCCUAAUUGAAAUAGUCUAACAAGGACAUCAAUGGCACUAUAAUAAUGUACUGUACUGAUACCUUUGUUCUGUUUGCAGAAUUAUUUUUUCUCUUUCCGGAGGACUUCUAUAACCUGAAAGCUCCCAGCUUUCCGGAUCAGCAUGGAUAACAGGAACUGUAGUAGAACAUACCUUCAAGGCACAAGAUUGGGAAAGCUCCUUUUAUACUAAUCAGAUUGCUAUUUAAUUUUAAUGUAACUUGUGGUUAUAUGCAGAAAAAGACUUUUAACAGUUGUGUACCUGCCUCCUAACUGAGUAAAUGGUGAUGUUUUAAUUUCUAGACCUAAGGUCUGUUCUUGCAAUACUUCUAAGGGAAAAUAUUGCUCUAAGUGCUAUUGUUAGUUUUAAAUACAAAUUUUAUGCUUGUUCUUAAGAAGCUGUGGUUAAACUGCAGAACAAAACUAUUAAAAAAAUGCAGCAUUAA